GGAAGGCUGUAAAUGAAACGGUCCAGGACUGGAAAUACAGGCUCGGUGUUAUGAGAGGGUGAUUAGAGUCUCGCUACUGUACCUUCAGGCUCAAUUACACGUCAAGAUGAGUGACUGGAAUUUUGCUUUUGUGGUUAUAGACUGGCAUGAGCCAUGAGCCAAAGUCGCCAUCGUUAGGAAUGAUCUCCACGGCAACACGCACCACGGCGACCGUCAGCCCUCUCACCCCCUCCCCCAUCAGCAGCACGGUUCUGGCCAAUGGGAACACGGCUUCCCAGUCCGCUCACUCUGGAUUUGCUGCUGCUCUCCGCAAACUGGCCAAGCAGGCAGAGGAACCCAGAGGCCCUACCUCUAUCAGCGGUGAAUCAUCUCCUGUUUCCUCUCCAGCCACCAAUCACAGCUCUCCGGUGGGGACGCCCAAACGUGGUCCACUAGCGUCGGGGCCGGGUCUCGGGGCUCCUUCUGCCGCUCACGCUGUGUCGAGUACGCCGCCUGUCGUCACCAUCGCUCCCACAAAAACAGUCAAUGGCAUGUGGAGGAGUGAAGGGAGACAGGCUGAGGCUGCCAUGAGAGGGCCUGUUCGAGAGCGCCUGCCCUCAGAACCCCCUCCCCCUUCCCCUCAUCAGACUCAGGAUAAGAGUGUCUCCUCUCUUCCCCCUCACCUCAUGGGGGCGCAUUAUCCUUUUGGCCUGAACCCCAGCGCAGUGAUGCAGGAUCCUCGUCUACAAGCCCUUAAUUUAUCACGUCAGAUGCCUCAUGUUCUGCAGUCAGGGGCUGUACCAGUUGGUGCAGUGCCUUUGGGGGCGGUCCCAGAGGAAUACCUGCGCAGUGGGUUCCGUCCCUAUGGUUCUGCUGAGGACUUGAGAUUAUCUUCACUUCCGUUAGGGCUGGACCCCGGGUACUUUCGCUCAGGAUAUCUGGCCUACCCUGCCCUAUCCUCAUACAGAAUGGAUGAGUCCCUCUGUUUAUCUGCCCUGCGCUCGUCCUACUACCAGCUGCCAGCGGGGGGAGCCGUGCCCUCCCUGCAUCCCAACACUGCUCACCUCCACCUGCCAGGGGUUCGCUACCCUGCAGAGCUCAGCCAUCAAUCUCUGACAGCCCUGCAGAGCGAGAGGCUGCAGAUGGAGGACAAGCUUCGCCAGCGCGAGCGGGAGCGAGAGAAGGAGAGAGCUCACGAGGCAGAGCGAGAACGGGAGCGAGAGCGUGUACGAGAAAGGGAAAGGGAGGAAGAAAGAGAGAGAGAACUGGAGCGACAGAAAGAGAGGGCAAAAGAGAGAGAAGUUCAGGCCGUCAGGGCCAUGGAGAAACACGUCCUGAGCCAGGAGCUACACACACACACUCACUCGCACCCUCACAGGCAGCAGAUAGAAGACAGAGCCAAGCUUACACCAAACCAAGCAGAGAAAACCAAAGAGGCCAUGCUCCUGGCCCCAAAGCCUCUGCAGCCUGGUUUGUAUCCCUCCCCGGGUGGCUCCGCUCCACUCCCGAUGCCCAGCCUGGUGCCCACCCCUGGCGAGCGGUUAGGGCCGGGUGCAUUGCUGCUCCAGCGCCAGGGAGAGGAGGAGAGAUGGCUGGCACGCCAGAGAAGGCUGAGAGCGGACACAGCAGACCGGCAGGGCCCGGCAUGUUCACAGCACAGCACAGAGCCGGAGAUACACGACCCACAGACGGACACACAGAGGCCUAACUCACGCCACCAGGACUUGACUACCAGAGAGCUACCUCACCACCUGGGAGCACCACCUCCUCUCAUCUCCCCCAAACCUAACCCUCCCACCACGCUCUGGAAUCCCGUGUCCCUCAUCAACUCGCCUUCACACACACGUCGAGCGUAUGACUCGCCCUUCCCCCCAAGUCGUCCGCCUCCGGGAUUGACUAAACCAGAGUGCCCAGACAGGGGCCUACCUCCAAGGACACCAGGCCUCCUCGAACCCAGCACCUUCCUUACAGAGCAGGAGAAGUCGAGCCAGAGCAUUCUGAACAAGCAGAGGCUCUCUUUUCCCCUGCCUGCUCCCUUCGGAGAGUUCAGGGGCACUAAAAGAGCAGGGUCCCCCAUCAGAGGCUUCCUUCAAUGUCCCAGCCGAGAACCAACACUGGUGUAUGAUUACGCGCUGCAGCAGCACAGAACUCUUCUGAGCAAACUCGACCUGGAGGAGAAGAGACGCAGGGAAGCCAGAGAAAAGGGUUAUUACUAUGAGCUGGAUGACUCUUACGAUGAGAGUGAUGAAGAAGAAGUAAGAGCUCAUCUGAAGAGAGUGACUGAACAGCCUCCUCUCAAACUGGACCAGUCCAAAGAGAAACUGGGUUUCCUGGCUGUAUUUGGACUGACCACACUGUCCCACCGGGACGCGCUUUUGGAGAGAAAGAAGAAGAAAAGGAGAAAGAUAAUGAGAGAGCGCAGCCCGUCUCCGGUACCUGCUCAGAGUAAACGUCCGACUCCGUCCACAGCCACGCCCACCCUGUCCACUCGAUACACACCCGAGGAGAUGGACAGGGCACCAGAACUAGAGAACAAGAAACAUUUCCUCAACAUGUUCAACCUCAACCAUGUCAGCCAAGAGCAAAGGAUAGAAAAAGAGAAAGUAGUCAGUCUACUUGAUGCCAUCAAAAAGAAAACCGUCACUCUUGACACACUCCGAUAUGCUCCACGCUCCCCCUGCUCCAGCCCUCCCACUACUGCCUCUGAUCCUCCAGCGCCCUCCACACCCUGCCAGUCAAACGGAGAACCCCACCCAAAUUCCCAUAGCCCCGCUCCUCCUGGACCUGCCAUGCACCCUCACAGUGUCAGCCAGCCUGAACUUCACAGACCUUCACAGGCCUCUGAUCUCUUGCACCCUAAACAGCCCCCUCCACUCGCCCCCUUGCAGGAUCAGUCUCGUUUAGGAGAAGCCCCGGCAAUCAGGAGGGCGCCGAGCCUGCAGAACAGCUUCAGACCUCCACUCACGCAGCUAAAGGAGCGGCCUCAUGGGCUCAACGGCCUGAGUGACCACAGCAGGUCCCGACCCUGGGACAGCCUCAGUGCUGAGGAGUUUGCUCAACACUUCCACCAGUCUGUACUGCAGUCUACACACAAAUCCCAGCACAAACUCAAAGGAGGUGUCCCAGCAGCCUCUGAGCCAAACCACAAGCUUAACAACGUCAUGCGUUACCACCCUCCAGAGCACCAGGGGGUGCUGAACCGACUACCUUACUCUCACAUCAAUGGCCACUCGGGCCACCCUGCAGCCCACCAUGAGUCAAGGCUGAGUGAUGAGCGAUCUGCUGAAGAAGAGUCCACUGAGGAAGAUGAUGAUGAUGAUGAGGAGGAGGAGGAGGAGGAAGAGGACUGCAGUCCCAAAUGGAAGGGUAUUGAGGCCAUAGUGGAAGCAUAUCAGGAGUAUAUAGACGAGAGGAAUAUAGAGAGUGAGGUUCUGCAGAGUGAGUGCAGGAGGAUGGAGGCUCAGCACUAUCACCUGAGUGUUACAGCUGACCAGCUCUCUGUCAGUAUGGGGGAGCUGUUGGCGCAAAGGCAGCGGCUGGCACUCGACAGGGAGCGAAUGCAGGCCGAACUCGAACACUUCAGGAAGUGUCUGGCACUACCGGCUCUGCUCUUACACAGGGGUCACUAUAAGGGGCCGCCUCCGAGGUGAUCCCUCUCACCCUGCCCACUCACGAGUAGGGAUCUGGGCAACCAGCACCCAGUUCCUCACCCAAGACUGAGAGCCCAGAGCUACACUGAAGGCUGAGGGUGAGGAGGAGGAGGAGAAUGGGAUGAAGAUGAAGCUGAGCUCACUGCACAGCAGGAGGAUUGACUGCAGUCAUACAAGCUCGUGCACUGGUUUAAGGACUGAGAGACGGUCAGUACCAGUGAAACAGUGGCUGGCACUGGGAAGCCCAUCCUCAUCUCCAGCUUUAGAUUCCUGUGUGCUAGAAAUUACAAAUUGCAAAUCUUACAACCAAAAAAAGAAACAAUCGCCUAGCUGCUGUAGAACUAGAGAGUGAGGAAGACUGACGGAGAAUACGGAGCAUCCUUUUUCCACAUCACUCGGCCUGCACUUCAACACAA